AGUCUUAAUAACGCACAGCUGCCGCUCUGUGCAAAGCGAUUGAAGCAGUUGGGUAAUCCUGAUCUCGCCGCGUGUCCAUGCGCACGUUACCAUUAACAGCAAAUUCAUCGUCUCUGCCAUUGAGUUCUCUCAGUUUGCUCUGCUUAAAAUUCUCACCCAAACAAGAAGAUUUUUGCACUCCGAAACUGACUCCGAUGGUGAUUUCAACUACCAUUACUGACUCUGAUGAGGUUUUGCACUCCACUUUUGCUUCCAGAUAUGUUCGCACUCCGGUUCCCAGGUUUAAAAUGCCAGAGAAGUCAAUGCCGAAGGAAGCAGCAUAUCAAGUGAUUAAUGAUGAGCUAAUGCUGGAUGGGAAUCCCAGGCUGAACUUGGCUUCCUUUGUUACAACAUGGAUGGAGCCUGAGUGUAACAAUCUCAUCAUGGCUUCCAUUAACAAGAAUUAUGUUGACAUGGAUGAGUACCCUGUCACCACUGAGCUCCAGGAUCGCUGUGUUAAUAUGAUAGCUCACAUGUUCCAUGCACCUGUUGGAGAUGAUGAAACUGCAGUCGGGGUCGGAACUGUGGGAUCGUCAGAAGCUAUAAUGCUGGCUGGAUUAGCUUUUAAAAGGAAGUGGCAGCACAAGCGAAUAGCAGAGGGCAAACCUUCUGAUAAGCCCAACAUAGUGACAGGAGCUAAUGUGCAGGUCUGUUGGGAGAAGUUUGCAAGAUACUUUGAAGUUGAACUGAAGGAGGUGAAGUUAAAAGAGGGCUAUUAUGUGAUGGACCCUGUGAAAGCAGUUGAAAUGGUGGAUGAGAACACAAUCUGCAUUGCAGCCAUUUUAGGAUCAACCCUGACUGGAGAGUUUGAAGAUGUGAAGCUUCUUUCUGAACUCCUCACCAAAAGGAAUGAGGAGACUGGUUGGAACACCCCAAUUCAUGUUGAUGCUGCCAGCGGAGGGUUUAUUGCUCCUUUCGUUUACCCAGAUCUUGAGUGGGAUUUCCGUUUGCCUUUGGUGAAGAGCAUUAAUGUUAGUGGUCACAAGUAUGGUCUUGUUUAUGCCGGUGUUGGUUGGGUUGUGUGGAGGACUAAGGAAGACUUACCAGAGGAGCUUAUCUUUCACAUUAACUACCUUGGAUCUGAUCAACCAACUUUCACUCUCAACUUCUCAAAAGGCUCUAGUCAAAUAAUUGCUCAAUAUUAUCAGUUUAUAAGGCUUGGCUUUGAGGGUUACAAGGAAAUUAUUGAGAACUGCAUGGACAAUGCAAGGGCGCUGAAACAAGGACUACAGAAGACAGGCCGGUUUGACAUUGUCUCCAAAGAUGUUGGGGUGCCCCUUGUGGCCUUCUCUCUGAAAGACAGUAGUAAAUACAAUGUCUUUCAGCUAUCAGAGAGUUUGAGAAGGUUUGGCUGGAUAAUCCCAGCUUACACCAUGCCUGCGGAUGCCCAGCACAUUGCUGUACUUCGUGUAGUGGUCAGGGAGGAUUUCAGCCGAGGCUUGGCAGAGAGACUUGUCAAACACAUUGAGCAAGUUUUGGAGGAAAUGGAGUCACUUCAUGGCUAUGUUUCCACCAAAGCUACUGCUGUUAAGCAACAACCAACAGAGAGCACUAAAGGAAAGCAAGUCACUGAAAAAAGUGAGAGGGAGAAAGAGGAACAUAUUACUCGACAUUGGAGGUCGCUUGUAGAUGGCAAGAGGGUUGGAGUUUGCUAGGCAUACGACUAUUGAAAGUCAGUCUUCAGCUUGCUUGUAAUAGUAAUGCAAGCUAGUAGUACUUUGUUAAAGACUUGUGGGAUUAUGUUCUGUACAAAGGAUCUCCUCUCUAUCUAUCAUACGCUUAGUUAUGCUAUAGGAAAAAAGAAGGAUUCUAGUUGUAAGAUAUCUAAUAAAAUCUUUGUUGGAAUUAAAAUCUCA